AUGGCCAGAUCAGUUUCUCGACCUCGUAAAAGCGCGUCGAAAUCGCCGGCGCGUGUGAAGAAGAUUCCGUCGUCGCCAAAGUCUGAACAGAAGAAGAUUACGUCGUCGCCAAAAUCAAAGCCGAAAAAGACCACGUCAUCGCCAAAACCUCAACCGAAAAAGAUCACGUCAUCGCCAAAAUCAGAACAGAAGAAAAUCAUGUCUUCGCCGAAAUCUGAACCUAAGAAGAAAAAAACCGAGAAAAUUAAAGCGAAGUCCAGAUCAAGAUCUGUUAGUAAGGGACGUAAAGACAAACAGAGGAAGAUAUCCCCCAGCAAGAGCAUCAGCAGGUCGAGAUCUCGUCCACGUCCUUCGAAGAAACUUUCACCGUUGAGAUUGCCUUCGCCAUUGAAAAGCGAUGAGUUGAAAAAAUCCACAGCCAACGCAUCUGCAGUGAAGAAACCAUCGGUUAAAACACCCACCACGAAGGUGCCACAACUGAACACCUCAUCCAGCAGCCUUUCAUAUAUGCGUCCCUCACGUAGCGUGGAAAGGAAGACAUUCACCUCUACGCCUUAUGAUUACGAAGUGCGGCAACGGUUAUUGCGACCUGAAAGUUCUAGUCGAUCUCCAGUCAGGAUUACACCGAAGAAGUUGGCGCCAACUGCUUGCGCCAGGCUGUAUAACCGUACAUACAAUACAGUUUCAGCCGCUGGGCGUACCGUCUGCAAUGCCACUCGUGCUGCGUGUCAAUCUGUGGUAUCAAAUCGUCGCGAAAUCUUUGCAACACUAGCUUUGUUGGCUUUAGUCGCUCUUAUCACAUAUUUUAUUCUCUAUAGUGAUCCGGCUAAGACGCGCGCUUACAUUCAUUCGAUUCCCGGAAGGGUUCAAGCAUGGUAUAACAGACAAGUUGGUCGUAAGUAG